AUUGUUCUGCGUGUGGAGGUCUGCACACAAAAUGGAUCCGAGAGUGCAGGACUAUCUCGACGAUAAACUACAGUCCGCUGCAGAUCUCGAAUCGCUAGACUCCCUCCUAGCAAAUGUCCACGAACAGCAGACCCUCCUCAAGAAACAGCUCGAUGAUGCUCGACGAGAACAUGCCGAAGCUCAAAACGAAGCACAGCAACACGCACACGAGAUCGAGCGCAAAGCCCGCGACUUCGACGCUGAACAGGAGGACAUCGAUCGAAGACUGCUCAUGGUGACCCAGUCCGAAACAAGCGACGAUGCGGUGCAAAAGCUCGACGAGAGUAUGGAACGCUCGCGGAAGUUGGAAGUUGCGACAGAAUAUGUCGAGCUGUUGAAAGAGGUGGAUGCCUUGAGACAAGAGUCUGAAUCGAAACUGGGAAAGGACGACGAUGCUGCUUUAAUACCAUAUCAGAGGCUUCAACAGCUCACGGCAAGUCUGAAACCUUUGCAAGAUGCUGCCGAAGGUGCUGCCCCGCAUCUUCUCCAUCACAUCAAUCGUGUUGUAGAAGGGCUUGGAGAGACGAUACGGCGAGCCUUGUCGCAGAACCUCGAGAGGAUGCUGCAGAAAGAUAAGCUGAAUUGGCCAAAAGCUACUGGAAUUGUCCCAGCGGCGUUGCAGAAGGACUGGGCGAUCAACAUUGGCCGACUAUUAGAUCUGCAGAAGAGAGAUCUGGAAGCAGAAGAACAGAACCUUGGCAAAGACCGAAGCACUGACCCAUCACCUUUGCUGCCAUUUGAAGUCUUGGUGCACCCAUUACAACAACGCUUCGACUACCACUUUUCUGGCAACAAGCCAACAAAUCGACUCGACAAGCCGGAAUACUUCCUCAACCACAUCACCGACUUGGUUGCUCAGUACUCAGACUUUGUGCAGGACAACAUCCAGCCCAUCUUGCUGAAGCAUUUCAGAAAAUCCCAUCUCGCCUUCACUCCUGCAUAUAUUGAUGCUACUUCUGCGUUCAUCACUGCGCUCCUGCCAAUGGUCAGGAAGAAGCUUGAUUCCGUGGCGAACCAGGUAGCCUCCCAACCUGCCCUACUCAGCCACCUCGUCCAGGAAGUAAUUAGCUUCGACAAUGUACUCAAGGACUCGUACUCUUACGCGCCGUCUUCGCCAAGCGUAAACUGGUCAGGACUGUCUUUCUAUCUCCUCGACACUCGCGGCUACUUCCCGCAAUGGCUUGCUGCCGAGCGUGACUUUGCUCUUUCCCGCUACCAAGCCAUUCUCGAAGCUCCCGAUGCUGGCGAGAUCGAUUUCGAUGGCACCGCUGCAGACACCACGAAACCAAGCAAGGCUGCUCUCCGCCUGAAUGAUCUUCUCGAGACCAUCACCGAACGCUAUCGCGACCUUUCGAGCUACACUCAGCGCAUCGACUUUCUGAUCGAUAUUCAGAUCAAGAUCUUCGACACAUACCAUCAAAGGCUCCAAGAUGCUCUCGAUGCAUACCUGAGCCUCACAUCAACAAUUGGCCGAGCGGUGCAUACUGGCUUGACCAAGGAAGAACUUGCACAGUUCCAAGGUGUCAAGGGCCUCGAUCGGAUCUGCCGAAUAUUUGGUUCCGCCGAUUACCUCGAGCGAGCCAUGCGAGACUGGAGCGACGAUGUCUUCUUCAUCGAACUCUGGGCCGAGCUGGACUAUCGCCACAAGAACCGUGACAGCGGAGUCGGACCACUCGGCAAUUGGCAAGAGAUCCAACAAAAGACCAGUUCUGCACUCGGCUCUGAAACCGACGGCGCAUUGGAAGGCGCACUGUUUGACGAAACAGCCAACAGCUACCGCCGGCUGCGCACCCGAGCCGAGAAAGUUCUCGUCGACGCGAUCAAGUACGAUGUGCAGAAUGUGCUGAAGCCAUUCUCUGCCCUCAAUACCUGGGCCUCAUUAUCCUCCUCCCCCAACAGCGAUGCAGUCUCUGCCGAGCUCGACCCUACCCUCAACCUCCUAUCAGAAUACUUUGCCUUUCUCCGGAAAGCCCUCGGCAAAGCACCCCUCCGCCGAGUCGCAAGAAACAUCUGCCACGCUAUCGACGAUUACCUUUUCCGCUACGUCUUACAUGGAAAAAGUCACUUCUCCACCGCAGGUGCAACGCAACUCACCACCGAUCUCCGCGCCCUUUGCUCAACCAUCGACCGAUACGUCGGACCAAAUCAAUCCCAAAUCGGCAUGCAAAGACUUCUAGAAGCCGUAACUCUACUUAAUCUACCAGUGCGAGGCGAAAUUCCUCGUGUACAAGCAAGCAGCUCAGGUGAUGAUGAUGCUUCUGCCUGGGAUGACGCUUCCGCCUGGGACGAAGAUGAGGAGUCCGGAAGUAAAAUGAGUCUUUUCCAAGCCGAACGCCUUGUUUUUAUGGAUAAUGAGAGUGCGAGGCACGCGCUUGAGCAGUUGGGUCUUGAGACGUUGAGUGAGCAGGAUGCGAGGGGGGUUUUGCGGCAGAGGGUUGAGAUUUCUAGUUAGGGGGAUCGUCGAGUGUGAGGGGAUGGGAAAGACACGUCGAACAUGAGCAGUUGUCGGUACUACCGCAGACAGCAUUCCAUCUCCGCAUCCCGAAACCUCGCAAGAACACGACACGCCGCGAGAGCUGAGGUGUGUGUAUGAAGUGCUUCCAUCUCACAGAUCCCCCCGGCCGCGUGUCGUUCGUGAGAUAUAUAAGCCUUUUGGCACUUCUUUCUACUGAAAUAAUCAACACUAUAGUGACAAAUUU